AUGUCCUCGGACGUGCAAGAGCAAAUUAUUUCGGCAAUCUUUGAGAGGAGACCCAUAUGGAACAGCAAAGAUGUGAACCAUAAAAAUAGAAGAAUAAUUAAUCAAUUAUGGGAAGAAAUAAAAAACGAACUGAAUAUUGAAGUGACCGAUUUAAAGAAGAAAUGGAAAAAUUUAAAAGAUCACUAUAGAAAGGAAUUAAAAAAAAAUCCUGCCCCUAGAUCAGGAGAUGCCGGAAAUGUUAAUCAACCCUCAAAUUGGCAAUAUUUUUCUCAAUUGAGGUUUUUGCAAGAUGAAGUUGUACCAAAUGUUACUGAGGGUAAUUUAAGCAGAAUUGAAGUAAGUAAUCAGAUAAGUAAUGAUUCUUUUGAGACAGAAGACAUAUCUGGAGAAAACUCUCAAGAAGAUACAACCGGUCAUAAUGAAGAAUCUUCUAUUUAUCCACAACAACCUUCUACAUCCUCACAAGAGGCUUCUGUUUCUUCUCAAGAAGCUUCUACAUCAUUGCAAGAAAUUUCUACGCCUCCAAGAGAAGCUUCUGCGUCACAACGAUCAAGAAAAAAGAGAACAGCGAAUGACAUAAGAACUGAAUUUUUAGAAUUGGAAAGGAAAAGGAUAAGACUGCUGGAAAAUGAUUUAUCAAAUCAAAGUAGAAACGAGGCUUCUAGAAAUGAGAAUAAGUCUGAUGACUACUACUUUUUUAUGAGUUUACUUCCACAAAUGGAAAAAUUCACGCCCUUUCAAAAGUUUAGAGUAAGACAAAAAAUUAAUCAAGCUCUUCUAGAUGAGUUAAGUGUAAAUGAAAGCACGUACCCUUCUAAUGAAUCAUAUAUGUAUGGGUAUAGUACUCAACAAUAGAGGUAUAUCAAUCUUAUAAUAAAAAUACUGUCAAUAAAUAACAAAACUGUGAUUUAAAUAGUUAACUAAUCGUCGUACAGAUGAGAACUUUAAUUUUAGAGAGAAGAUUUAGUUUUAAGAUUAGAAUAAGCGUGGAAUUAUUAUACUGACCACUAAGUAUAUCGACCUUGUA